AAACGCAUUGGGCAAGAUUCUGUUUCCACCCUAUCAGCUGUUUCAUGUUUUAUACCUUACCGAAAGAAAGAUGGCGGAUGACUACAGCGUCCUUAGAGAUCUCAAAUCGCACCUGAGAUCGGCGAAUAUUCCCUUGGAGAACUUGUCAACAAUAGCACAGCAAGGGGAUGAUAAGUUGUUCACACCAGGAGAAGCAACCAUCAAGUUGGUGCAGCAGUUUUUGACAGAAAAUAUCAAGAUAGAGGGUUCUGGGCCUGAAGCCACUCAAAGUCAGUUAUACAUUGCAUGUUUCUGGGGAAUCAAGGACAUUGUCAGGAAUCUGCUGGACAAGGGAACAGAUCCAAAUUAUCAGAACAAGGACACGCUAUGGACGCCCCUCCACGCUGCAGCCUUCCAGGAACAUGGCCCGGUGGUGAUGCUACUGCUAGACAACAAUUCCCAGCCAGAGUUACCCGAUGCAGAGGGACGAACACCAAAGGAUUUUGCCUCAGCUUCAGACAAAGUUUGGCCCCAUUUUGCUGCCAUGGGUUUGGAAAGAACACCAAAAUAUGAACUGAUUGACAAGGGAAUUAUCAAGAAGAUUGAAAAUGCCAAAGCAAUUCAACAGAGAAAGAUAACUGGAAGAGGCAUCCGUAUGGCUGCGUACAGUCGCCCGGAGUCUGCAUAUGUCUACAACAGUGAGCCCUUCCUCCAAGCUGCUGCCACUGGGGAUGUGUUAGCCGAUGUUAAAGAAGCUCCAUCAAGAGCAUCGGCACCCUACGCCACCGGAGGAUCAUACGGGUCAUCAAGGGGCAACAACAUCUGGUCAUAACACUGUGAGUCGCAGCACCGAGGGUCCUGACACUGAUACAGUCUUUUCAUGAUCAGGAGGGUGUGAGUCUCAAGUGAGGGAUUUCAACAGACCAGUUCUUCCCAGCACAUGAAGUCCCAGUCCCACCCAAGAUUACCCAGUGUAUCAUCACCCCCAAUCUGUCAUGGUAUUUUCCCUCGAUCCAUUCACCAUCACAUCUUAGUUUUGGAAGUGGCGUCUUUUAUCACUUAGCUGGCACAGACUUUCUCUCACUCAUGAACUUGAAGUCAACUACCAGUCCAACCCCUGAAGAUCCGGGGUAGAAUAGGUCUUCAGCAACCCAUUCUUGCCGUAAAAGGCGACUAUGCUUGUCAUAAGAGGUGACUAACGAGAUCGGGUGGUUAGGCUCGCUGACUUGGUUGAU